GGCGAGGCGAGAACAGCCGAAAUGGAGGAGAGCCAAACAUCGGAAAGUGUCGCCGUGCUACCGGACAUGUCCGAACCGUUGACGAGCGAGACCGAGGAGGCGACCGCGCUGACGAGUGAGCACGAGGCACAUCCCGUCGCGGUCACGGCGAGUGUUACUUCGGUGCCGGGCGUACCGGGCGUUCCCGGAGUUGGUGUGCCGGUUUCUUUACCUGUAGGUUCCAUCAUCGGCGUAUCCAAUUCGACUCAUGGCGCGACCUUCAACGUCAUCACCUCAGAUCAGCUACAGCUGCCAGGUUCAGGACAAUUCAAACAAAUGCUAUGCGUUGAUAAUGGUUUCAUCUGUGACUCGCGUCAUGAUAAAGACUCGGAUCCUUUACGUUGGAAUGGUGAGCUGAAGGCAACCCACAUAGUGAUUCAAAAUAGUGCGGAUGAAACAGAAUCGGAACAGAUACAUGUAUCCACACCCAAUUCUCAGCCAAUAUACAGUUGGUCUGAAUCUGCAAAUUUAGCGGUUUUACCUGUCAGAUGUAAGAACACAAAUGCAGAAUUGCAUAAGAGUAGAUUCGGCUCUGGCGGCAGAGGUCGUUGUAUCAAAGUUGGCUCAGAGUGGUAUACGCCUAGUGAAUUCGAGGCUCUCUGUGGAAGGGCGUCUAGCAAAGACUGGAAACGAAGUAUUCGAUUUGGUGGAAGAAGUUUGCAAACCCUCAUCGACGAACAAAUCUUAAAACCGCAUGCCACUUCCUGUACUUGCGCAGCGUGUUGCGAUGAUGACAGCGCGACAGGACCGGUGCGAUUGUUUACUCCGUAUAAGCGUCGGAGGAGAACUAGGGAUCCAUCUGACGGAGAUGCUCCCUUGCGUAAACAUAAAAUUGAAAAUUCACGAGAUGGCAGCAAUAAUGACGAAAGCGGCGACGAGGUCGUUGUGCCUGACAAAGAGGUCUGGCCACAAUUUGUUUCCACAGAUGGUGGGCUGGUUGUACAACAAUCUCAGGAACAGGAUUCUGUCGUGCAAAAUGCACAUCAAACGGAGAAUGGUCAAGGCGACGACAUUUUUAAGAAAUUCGAUGAAUUGUCAAAUAAAAUGAUAAAAUUAGCUUACGAAUUUAGACGUACUUUGGAAGAAGUGAAGGAAAUAAACAGACAGCAGAGAAGAGAGCAGGCACUGGUCGCACAACUCGGUGGACGGACGGAUGUUAUCGAAACUGUUGGACUACAACCAGCAUCCGAUGCACAUAAUAAAAAGUGUGCCAACUGCAAUCGAGAAGCAUUCGCAGAAUGUUCCCUAUGUAGACGAACGCCAUAUUGUUCUACAUUUUGUCAACGUAAGGAUUGGGCAAGUCAUCAGAUGGAAUGUGUGAGAGGUGCGGCCGAAACAGUAAUGCUAAUAGUAGAGAGUAGCAGCGGGGAUACGAGCACUCUUCCAACAGCCACUACGGACCAAUAGCUAGUGUUCCUUACACCGAUUCAUCAAAGAAAUAUAGAAAACGAAGAAUCCGAUGUAGAAACAUUUCAGCUCAAGGAAGGGCAAAUUUGAAACAUGCAAGUUGCACAAAAACAAAAAAAAGUGUACAUAAAUAUGUAUAUGGUAGAAAAAAAAAAAUAUAUAUAUAUAUAUAUAUAUGUGUAUGUAUGUAUAUGUAUAUAUAAAAAUGUUCAUAGUCAUUAGCUCUUUAACGCCUAAUAGCACAUUCCUCAGCCAAGUUAAAAUCGAUUUUUCCUUUAUGAGAAUGAAAGAAGUUAUCAUUUUUAAAAGUCAUGAUUUAUCUUUAAUAUUAGAUAUACUUAUAACUAAAACUUAAAUUCAAAAUCUCUGUAAAAAUUGAAAAUUAGUUAUCAGUAAAGAAUAUGAUUUUAUAUAUUUGAUUUCUGAAGCCUUAUUUACAUAAAAAGUUCAUUUUCAAUAUUUGUUGAUUUUUAAAAUUAUUAAACAUUUUCUUAAAUUUCAGCAUUAAACUUCAACAUUUUCGUAAAAGAAAAAUUUUCUUCGAAAUUGGCCAAAGAAUAUGCUAUUAAAUGCUAAUAUAAUAGUGAACGAAUAGCCUGUGUCUGUAUAUGUAUUUUUAUGUAAUUCUAGGAUAGUGAACUCGCGACAAUUCUAUAUGUUUAUAUAUGUAUAUAUAUAUGUAUAUAUAUAUAUAUAUAUAUAUAUAUAUAUAUAUAUAUAUAUAUAUAUAUAUAUUAGAGGAGCUGAAUCACACGGCAACAAAAAGUUGCAUCAUGUGUAUAUGUUACUUUAGAUAAAUAAUAUUCGCUUUUAGAUUAAUUAUUUCUGUGAAAUAUAUACAGUCUUACAGAGCUAAA